AUGGUCGACAAUGAUGAUGAUGAUCACGAUGAUCACGAUGAUCACGAUGAUGAUUAUCAAAAUGAUGAUGACGUCAUCAAUUGUGAUGUGAGAGGCAGUGAUGAAACUGACAUCAACAACGCUAGCAGCAACAAUGACGACGAGAAUGGCGAUGACGACGAAGAUGCUGCAGGUUACAUCAAUAACAUCUCCACUAACACUGACAUUAAAGCCGGCAGUGACGACGUCAAUGGAAAGAUGAAAAAACUCGGACGAGAAGAUAUCAUCAACCACAAUGCCCACAGCCACAACAACAGCAACAACAACAGCAGCAAAAACAACAAUAAUAUUAAUAACAUUAAUCAUAACCAUAAUAGUAACCAGGCCAGAAACAAUAAUAAUAAUAACAACAACAACAACAAUAACAACAACAACAACAACAAUAAUAACGACAACAACAACAACAACAACAAAACCAUCGCCAAUAAAAGUUUUAAUAAAUCUGCUAAGCACAUUACUAAUAACACCAACACGAAUAACAAUAACAACAAUAACAAUAAUAAUAACAGUAACAAUAAUAGAAAAGUUUUAAAUAGUAAUAUCAAAUAUAACGACAAACCCAACAAAAUAAACACACAAGUCAAUGACAACAAAAUCUCCAACAACUAUAACACCAACAUCGUCAACAAUAACAACAACAACAACAACAACACCAAUAAUAAUAAUAAUAAUAAUAAUAAUAAUAAUGAUAAUAAUAAUAUCAACAAUAGUAUCAACAGCAAUAACAUUAACAACAACAACAGCAACCAAAUCAACAACAACAAUUAUAACAAACUUAACAACUCAAGUACUAACUACGCUAAAAGAAGUCGUCGUGAUAAACAAUUCAACAACACAAAUAACAUCAUAAACAACAGCAAAAGCAUCACCAUAAACAACAUUAACAACAACAACAAACAAUACAACAUCAAUAAGAACAAAAUAAACAAGCCCAACAAAACUAAUAAGUCUUUUGGUAGCAACAAAAAUGACAUCAAACACACUUACAACAGCAUUAAACGCAACAACAAAGCUACAAACAACAACAGCAACAAUCGCUACCACCAUUACCACGAUAACUACAAUUUCACCCUCUUCAAAGACUUGGUGGCCGAUGCCUCCCCCCACCAGAUUGUCCAGUCGUUUAACUUCAUUGAGGAACAACAACAACACAAACAGAAACAACAACAACAACAACAUGAACGAAUACCCAUGCCGAGAGUAUUGCGCCGAAAAAUAUCGCGAGAACUGCUCCAACGCAACAACAACAACACCUAA